UUACACUUACCAAAAAAAUAUUUAAAAUAUUAUUUUAUAGUGGAUUUAAAACUCCAAUGACAAACAUGUAAUUGAAAAUAUUUACAUUACAAAUCAGACAUAAUACAAGUCAAUCUAAUCAUUUUGUCAUUACGUUUCUAAAAAUUCAAGCAUUACCACUAUUAAGUCUCCUGACCAAGACUACGUGUAAUCCACAUCAGACUCAAAAUAACCUACAAUGGAUCGCCACGUGUCAAAUAUAAUAAAGGCAUCCGUCUCUGUUCUCUCUCAAUUCUCCCUUCCUUCCUUUUUUCCCGUUAAUAAAGUCUGUCUCUCCCACUUACACCAGAGACAGAGAGAGUGCACUUCAAUAAAUGUCUCACUGACUCACCGUUGCCGGAAAACUCUAUACUCGCCGGCGAUUUUUUCUUUUAAUUUAUUUUAAGCUAAAGAAUUUCCUGCGCCGGCGUUUUUUUCGCCGAAAAAAAAUCUCAAGUCACAUUUUAUGCUGUUUUAGUUUGAAGGUCGAACUUCUUCGAGUUCCGUUUUACUUUAGUUUAGUUAAAUUCAACUUCCACUGGGCUUUUUUUUAAGUUAAUUCGAAGGUUUAUGCGCUUUUAUUUUUUCGGUUCUCCGUUUGGGUCUUUAAAGUUUACUCUUUUUUAGCAGAUCUGCACAGCCUUUUCUUCUUUCAGCUAGCUGUAUUUUGGAUUCUAGGGUUUUUGGAACUGUUUGGUUUUAACUGGUAAUUUCAACUCCUAUUUUGGAAGUUGGGUUUUGUUGUCUAUUUUUGCCAAUCAUUGUCUUGAAAAACAAGUAGGUCCUCCGAGUAGCUGCUUACAUUUCAUUCAGCUAACCUCGUACAUGCUGUGGAAUUAUAACCAACAUAUCUUUGGAAAUGAGAAAGGUGUUUGUUAAUUUGUUAUUAUUUCUGCUGGUGCUCGUCUUUGUGGAAGCUUUGAACCCAUCUUUGAAUGAUGACGUAUUGGGAUUGAUUGUGUUCAAAUCCGACGUUCAAGAUCCAUAUGGAAAACUGAACUCUUGGAAUGAAGAGGAUGAUAGUCCGUGCAACUGGGAUGGAAUUUACUGCAACCCCAGAUCUAAUAGGGUGUCUGAAGUUGUUCUUGACGGGUUUGGUUUAGCUGGAAGGAUAAGUAGAGGCCUUUUACGCUUGCAGUUUCUUCGUAAGCUUUCACUAGCUAAAAACAAUCUUACAGGAAGCAUCAGUGUUAGUCUUGCUCAACUUGCCAAUCUUAAAUUUCUUGACUUGAGUGAAAAUAACGUAUCUGGUCCCAUUCCUGGCGAUUACUUUCAACAAUGUGGGCCGCUCAGAUCAAUUUCUUUGGCCAAGAACAAAAUUUCAGGGCAGAUCCCAGAAAGUUUGAGCUCUUGUAUGACACUUGCGUCCCUUAAUCUAUCGUCAAACCAGUUUUCAGGUUUGGUGCCUUCUGGGAUUUGGUCAUUGAAUGGACUAAGGUCUCUUGAUAUGUCAAACAAUUUGUUGGACGGAGAAAUUCCGGAGGGAAUUGAGGGUCUGAGUAAUUUGAGAGCAAUAAACUUGGGGAGAAAUCAUUUCAAGGGUGAAAUUCCAGAUGGAAUUGGAGGUUCUUUGCUUUUGAGGUCAGUUGAUUUGAGUGAAAAUUCUCUCUCUGGAGAGCUUCCAAGCUCAAUGCAGAAGCUUAGCUUGUGUAAUCAAUUCAUUUUGAGGCGCAAUGCUUUUAUGGGCAUCUUACCAGAAUGGAUUGGAGAGAUGAAAAGCCUUGAGAUUCUGGACUUUUCUGAGAACAAAUUCUCUGGUAAAAUUCCAGCUUCAAUAGGGAAACUUGAGUCGCUGAAAAUAUUAAACAUGUCGCAGAAUGAGAUUUCUGGAAGUUUGCCGAACUCCUUGAGCAGUUGUGUUAAGCUUUUGGAAUUGGAUGUUAGUCAUAACUCUUUGGCGGGCACCAUUCCUAAGACUGUUGGCCAAUUGAAAUCCCUGAAUAUUAUCGACUUGAGUGAAAAUCGCUUAUCUGGUACUGUCCCUGCGGAAAUUGGAGGAAUAACAUCUCUCAUGGAACUUACGCUGGAGAAAAACACCUUGACUGGGGAAAUUCCUAGUUCAAUUGGCAGUUCUUCUUCAUUAAUAUCCUUGUCUUUAUCACAUAACGGUCUAACUGGUCCUAUACCUGAAGCCCUAGCUAAAUUGACUUACCUUCAAAGUGUUGACUUAUCUUUUAACAAUUUAACUGGAGUCUUACCAAAGCAGCUUGGAGAUCUUGGCCAUCUCUCUUUAUUCAACAUUUCACACAACCAACUACAGGGCGAACUACCUUCUAAUGGUUUUUUUAAUACUAUUUCUCCUUAUUCUGUGUCAGCAAACCCAUCCCUAUGUGGGGCUGCUGUCAACAGAUCUUGUUCUACUGUCAUGCCCAAGCCAAUUGUCCUGAAUCCCAACUCCAGUGAUUCUACUCCCAGCACUGUCCCUCAGAGUAUUCGCCAUGAGAAGAAAAUCCUAAGCAUCUCUGCACUCAUUGCUAUUGGUGCAGCUGCUGUUAUUUUUGUUGGCGUGAUUGCCAUUACUGUGCUCAAUAUUCAUGUCCGGUCAGUGACAUCGCGCUCUGCUGCUGCAGCCCUUACAAUUUCUGGUGGAGAUGAUUUUACCCAUUCUCCAUCUACGGAUAUGAACUCUGGUAAGCUUGUCAUGUUUUCUGGUGAUCCUGACUUCAGCACAGGGGCACAUGCUCUGCUUAACAAGGAUUGUGAGCUUGGGCGAGGUGGUUUUGGAGCAGUGUACCGAACCGUCCUUGGGGAUGGGCAUCCAGUUGCCAUUAAGAAGCUUACCGUCUCUAGUCUUGUUAAGUCUCAGGAAGAUUUUGAGAGGGAGGUUAGGAAAUUGGGCAAAGUCCAUCACGAUAAUCUUGUCACCCUUGAGGGUUAUUAUUGGACGCCAUCUUUACAAUUACUUAUGUAUGAAUUUGUUGCUGGUGGAAAUUUGUACAAGCAUCUCCACGAAGGAUCUGGUGGGUGUUUCCUCACAUGGAAUGAGCGGUUCAACAUCAUUCUCGGGACAGCAAAAAGCUUGGCUCACUUGCACCAAAUGAACGUAAUCCACUAUAAUCUUAAGUCCAGCAAUAUCCUAAUUGAUAGCUCAGGUGAUCCUAAAGUUGCAGAUUAUGGCUUAGCAAGACUGUUACCCAUGCUUGAUCGAUAUGUCUUGAGUAGCAAAAUUCAGAGCGCACUUGGUUACAUGGCACCUGAAUUUGCCUGCAAAACUGUGAAGAUAACUGAGAAGUGUGACGUGUAUGGAUUUGGAGUUCUUGUUCUGGAGGUAGUCGCUGGAAAGAGGCCAGUUGAGUAUAUGGAGGACGACGUGGUCGUACUGUGUGACAUGGUACGAGGAGCAUUAGAAGAAGGCAGGGUAGAAGACUGUAUAGAUGCAAGGUUGCAGGGAAAAUUUCGAGCAGAUGAGGCGAUUCCUGUCAUGAAGUUAGGAUUAAUCUGCACAUCACAAGUUCCAUCCAACCGGCCUGAUAUGGCAGAAGUAGUAAACAUUUUGGAGCUGAUCCGUUGUCCUUCCGAAGGCUAGGAUGAACUUGUAUGAUGUUCACUAGACAAGUAGAGAUUGUAAGAGAUGACAUUAUAAAUGUUUCAUCCUGGCCAAGAAGAAUCUGACUGAUUUAUUCAGAGAAGUUGAAAUUUGUUGUUGUAGAAUAUUUUGAUCCUUAUUGCUAUAAAAUCCAUCCCCUAUUCA